AUGAAGCAGGGAACAGUUAAGCAAUUAAUCAGUCUCAAUGAUCAUGAAGGAGCCGUUAUUCUAGCUGAGGUCUGCCAUGGAUAUUUGAUCUGCGCUACAAACCUUACUUAUCUACGACUCUUCGAUCUUACUAGACGGUGA